ACUCCUCUCACCUUCCAUCCGAUUGGUCAAGAAAAAAAGCAACACUCCGUUCUCCUUCUCCCAUUGGCUGGCCGUCGCGUCAGUAUUCCUGCUUUUCUGAAGCCCUUGCCCCCGAGAGAAAAGGCUAGUGUGCGGCUUUCACUGACUGUGACACAGGGUAAUAAAUCUACAGUCAGACACUGGACCAGUGCAGGCCCAGGAGUGUAUGACGACAGACGGCGCAUCGGCAAGCCCCUGAGCUGGCUGAUCUCAGAGCAGAGGGGGAGACCUUCUUUAGGGUGAAUGUGAGGGAGCUUUGGACAGCUGUGGCCUGAAGGCAUUUCAGUAUCUGAGAUGUCAAUCAAACAAGCAGAGGGGAUGUCUAUCGCCCAGGCUCUGGCCAUGACGGUAGCAGAGAUACCGGUGUUUCUCUAUUCCACAUUUGGGCAGUCCAUAUUUUCCCAGUUAAAGCUUACCCCAAACUUGAAGAAGGUGCUCUUUGCUACAGCACUGGGUAGUGUAGCUCUGGCGCUCACUGCUCAUCAGCUGAAAAGGCGGGGGAGAAAAAGGAAGCAGGUAACACAAGGGAAGGAGGGCCAGAAGACAGUGGGAAUACCUGAGGCGCUGAUGAAGACAGGAAGACCCUCAUCAUUAAAGAGAGGUCCGUUUCCUGGCCGACAGAUGAUGAGUCCCAGCACUCGCAGCAAUGACACCAUGAGUGGAAUUUCUUCCCUGGCCCCCAGUAAACACUCAAGUUCUUCACACAGUCUGGCAUCUAUGCGGGUCCCAAGCUCUCCAAAUCAGUCUGCCAAUCCAUCCACCCCCUGGGAAGCAGAGCCUGUGGUGGAAGAGCCAGGAGCAGUAGAGGAUGCAAAUGCAGAGAAUCUCUAUUUAAUGGGGAUGGAGCUGUUUGAGGAAGCUCUACAAAAGUGGGAACAGGCCCUGAAUAUUCGCCAUCACACACACUCGAACUCCAGUAACAACAGCCUCGCUCUGCAGGGGGCAGCGCGUGGAGACUUUCCUCUGGGUGAAGCCCGUAAUAAAGUGUUUGCUGAGAAGUUGGAGACAUUACUGCACAGGGCGUACCACCUACAAGAGGAUUUUGGCAGCACCAUCCCAACAGACAGUGUGCUGGCAGACUUUGUCAGAGUUUAUGUUGCUCCUUUGGCAGAGAGUGAAGGAACUCUUAUCUUGCCUCAAGUGGAGAGUUUCCACAGACUUCGAGAUGAUGAUGCGACCACUGUUACCUCUGACGAGUCCUUCUUCUCGGCUGCAGAGCUGUUUGAUGCCAUGUCUCUAGAAGAGGUCUACCAGCCACUUAAGCCAGCAGCUCUGUAUGAAGAAGCCUUGUCUCUGGUCCGGGAGAGCAAAGUGGCCUAUAGGUCCCUGAGGACUGAAUUACUUGAAUGUUUUGGUGACCAAGACUUCCUUGCCAAGCUUCAUUGUGUGAGACAAGCAUUCCAGUUUCUGUUGUUAGAUGAAACUCACCGCACAUUUUUCAUGGAGACCGGGAAGCAAAUGAUUACAGGGUUAAUGGUGAAGGCAAACAAGAGUCCCAAAGCCUUCCUGGAGAGCUAUGAAGACAUGCUGCUUUACACUCAGCGAGAGGAAACGUGGCCCAUCACUAAGAUGGAGCUGGAGGGCCGAGGGGUGGUGUGUAUGAAUUUUUUCGACAUAGUGUUGGACUUCAUCCUGAUGGAUGCAUUUGAAGACCUGGAGAGCCCUCCCUCCUCUGUGGUAGCUGUGUUGAGGAACCGUUGGCUCUCUGACAGCUUCAAGGAGACGGCUCUGGCGACUGCUUGCUGGUCUGUCCUAAAAGCGAAAAGGCGUCUUCUUAUGGUUCCUGAUGGUUUUAUCUCCCACUUCUAUGCCAUAUCAGAACAUGUGAGCCCAGUUUUAGCUUUUGGGUUUUUAGGACCCAGGCAACACUUAAGUGAAGUGUGCACUAUCUUCAAGCAACAAAUCGUGCAGUACCUUAAGGAUAUGUUUGAUCAUGACAAGGUCCGUUUCACCUCCGCUCAGUCCUUGGCUGAGGACAUCCUGAACCUUUCCCACCGCCGGAGUGAGAUUUUACUGGGGUAUCUGGGAAUCAAUAGCCUCGCGGAGCUCAAUGGUGGCCUGCCCAGAGACACAGAGGGCACUUCAGGGCAUAGCUAAGACGAGUACGGUCACUAAUGGCUUCAGUGGGCUAGUACAGGCCGAAUGCAGUGGACUGACCAGUAGGGAACGGCAAAAACUCAAGGCUCAACACUUUUUCUUGUAUCUCCAUUAACACUGGAUGGAAUCAUGCUCCUGUGAUGCACUGAGAAUCAGCGUUACUCGUUCAUCCAUCUGAGUCCAUCAAACACAACUACUGUAAGAGGAUAUAUUUUCACCAGAUCUACAGUAUCACUCGUCCUUGUACCAAUGAACGUGAGCGGAUAGAUAAUGUGAUGUAAUCAGUUCUUUGUUGUCAGCUGAUGUUUUGCGUAUCAAGAAUGCCUUCUGUAGUCACAUAAUGUCAGACGUGUGAGGACUUGUCUCUGCCUUGUUGGAUGACUUGGAUUCUUCUUAAAAAACACACCAGACAGAACUGCUCCCACCACAUGAAGACUGGGCCUUCUUCGUUAUUACUCCACAUGGAUCAUAUCUCUUCUGAGAACCAGUAAUCUUGCAUUCAUCUGACUAGUAGGAUUUGAACAGGAUAUCGCAGUUUUCGUUAUGUGAAAAGAAAUAGUGUGAGAGUCUGUCAGUAUUGUGCAUUUGUAUGUUUUAUAUUAAAGGGGAUGGAUAUUUGUUAAAACCA